AUGGCCACUCCAGCUGUUGCCCAGUUCCCCUCGAUCCAAUGGGUCCCGGGUUCCUCCAACGUGACCGUUGCCCAGUUCCCCGCCGCUUCCGAGCCCGGAGAGGUCGACCCCGUCGUGCAGGCGGCUCUCGUCGUCGAGGCACUCGAUGAAGCCGUCGCCAGGGCCGACUACGAGGCCGUUGCCGACCUCUUCACGGCCGACGGCUACUGGCGCGACCAUCUCGCGCUGACGUGGACGUUCCGGACGGUCCAAGGAAGCGGGGGAAUCGUCAGCCUUCUCCAGUCGUCGGCCAAAUCCAUGGAUGGAUUCCGACUGCGGCGUGUGCGUCUCGAUGCCCGGUCGACGUCGAGGAAACCGGCCGUCGUCCCCAUGAACGGCAAGGCAACCGUGCUCGGGAUCCAUGCGUUCCUCACCUUGGAGACGGCCGUCGGAACCGGCCGAGGCACGGUCCGUCUCGUCCUCGAGAAGGGAAAGUGGAAGAUUUUCACCCUCUACACCUCCCUCUGCGAGCUCACGGGCCACGAGGAGAUGACCGAGGGUCGCAGGCCGCGCGGCGUCGAGCACGGUGGCAUGCCCGGUAGGGAGACGUGGGCCGAGAGGAGACGGGCCGAGGCCGACUUUGACGCCGUCGACCCGACUGUUCUCGUCGUCGGUGCCGGACAGGCUGGCCUAUCCAUCGCCGCGAGGCUGAAGAUGCUUCAGGUCGACACCCUCGUCAUGGACCGAAACGAUCGAGUCGGCGACAACUGGCGGAAGCGCUACCGACAGCUCGUCCUUCACGAUCCCGUCUGGCUGGACCACAUGCCCUACGUCAAAUUCCCCGAUUGCUGGCCCAUCUUCACGCCCAAGGACAAGCUGGCCGCCUUUCUCGAAUCCUACGCCGACCUCUUGGAGCUCAACGUCUGGACCAAGACCGAGCUCGGCAGCACCAGAUGGGACGGCGACAAGGGCGUCUGGGCCGUCACGGUGACCCGCACGUUCCCCGACGGUUCGAGCCGGACCCGAACCUUGCACCCGCGCCACGUCGUCCAGGCCACGGGCCACUCCGGGAAGCCCAACGAGUUCCCGCUCAAGGGAGCCGGAGGCUUCAAGGGCGACCUCCUCUGCCACUCGUCCGAGUUUGAAAAGGCACGGACGGGCACCGAGGGCCGGAAGGCGGUCAUCGUCGGCUGCUGCAACUCGGCGCUCGACAUCGCGCAGGACUACGUCGAGAACGGGUACGAUGUCACCGUGGUCCAGCGGUCGUCGACGGCCGUCGCCUCGUCCCGCGCCAUCAUCGAAAUCGCCCUCAAGGGUCUCUACUGCGAAGAUGGCCCUCCGCUGGAGGAUGCCGACAUGAUGAUGCAAGGUCUCCCGGCCGGCGUCCUCAAGGCGAUCCACGUCCAGGUCACGGAGCGCCAGGUCGAUCACGACAAGGACAUGCUCGAGGGUCUUCGGAAGGCAGGCUUCAAGACCGACAACGGGCCCGACGAGUCGGGCCUCUUCUUCAAGUAUCUCCAGCGCGGCGGGGGCUACUACCUCGACGUCGGCGCCGCGCAGCUCAUCGCCGACGGCACCAUCAAGGUCAGGCACGGCCACGAAGCCUCCGAGGUUCUCCCCCACGGUCUCCGCCUCACCGACGGCUCGGAGCUCGAGGCGGACGAGAUCAUCCUCGCGACGGGGUUCCAGAACAUGAAGUCGCAGGCGAGGUCAAUCUUUGGCGACGACGUCGCCGACCGCCUGAACGAGGUCUGGGGCUUCAACGAGGAGGGCGAAUGGAGAACCAUGUGGCAGCGCAGCGGCCACCCGGGCUUUUGGUUUCACGGAGGCAGCCUCGCCUUUUGCAGGUACUACUCGAGACUGCUGGCGCUGCAGAUUAAGGGGUUGGAGGAACGGCUGUACGAGGGCGACGAGACGUAG